CGUGUUUGAGAGAUUCCGGGACGUCGAUGCGAAGUAUUUGAUAAUUUCUGACAUCGGUGACUAUAUCCGGCUUUUUCCUGGAUUCCGUCCGGAAACGCGGCACCGCCUUGUUUUGUUACUCACAUUGCACAUUCAAGAACGGAGCUUUUAAUUUAUUUAAUUUCGAUCGGUAUAUUCGCUCGAUAAUUGUGACGGGUUUCGCACAACGAUCCAUCGCGCGGAUUCUUACCUGUCGCGUAACAAUUAAAUUAUUGAUAACAAUCACCUGUAUCGAAUUACCUUCGCGAGAGAUAUCGAGAAAAGAAAGGAAGUGAAUUAAAGCACAGUUACGGUAAUUACCACAAAAAUGUCGAAGAAACCAGGAGCUACCCAAGCAAUGCAUAAAGUUAUAAUGGUUGGGAGUGGAGGUGUUGGAAAAUCUGCUCUUACAUUACAGUUUAUGUAUGAUGAGUUUGUUGAAGAUUAUGAACCUACAAAAGCAGAUUCCUACAGAAAAAAAGUUGUAUUAGAUGGAGAAGAGGUACAAAUAGAUAUCUUGGAUACUGCAGGACAAGAAGAUUAUGCAGCAAUUCGAGACAAUUACUUUCGUAGUGGAGAAGGAUUUCUUUGUGUAUUUUCGAUAACAGAAGAUGAUAGUUUCCAAGCAACACAAGAAUUUAGAGAACAAAUUCUCAGGGUAAAAAAUGAUGAGAACAUUCCAUUUUUAUUAGUGGGGAAUAAAAGUGAUUUACAAGAAAAAAGGAAGGUUAGUUUAGCUGAAGCUCAAGCAAGAUCUCAACAAUGGGGUGUUCCUUAUGUGGAAACAAGUGCUAAAACAAAAGAAAAUGUGGACAAGGUAUUUUUCGACUUGAUGCGUGAAAUAAGGUCACGCAAAAUUGAAGAUAAGUCAGCAAGCAAUGGUCGAGGUAAAGACCGCGCCAAGAGGAAGAAAAAGAAGUGCAUUAUUCUAUAGGUUUUCUUUGAUCUAAUGCGAGCAAUAGCUGCUCGCAAGGCACAGGAAAACCAGGGAGAUGGGAGUGAACGUAAGAAGAAAACAAACUGCUGCAUCUUGCUAUAACAAACAACAUAAAACAAUGUGUAGCUUAUGUUACAAAAGGUUCAACUCCUAUAAUUGAAAACUAAGCAUAAGAGAAUUGUAUUUAUACAAAAAUGAAAUGAGUUUUCUGACACUUUACAGUGAGUUGACACUCUUAAUCUUUGCUAUUCACUGUAUUACGUACAGAAUAUAUUCGAAUUCUCUUAAGAUACACACAUAUACAAUUUAC